CUUGAAAUAAUAAAAUCAGCCGUAAAUAAUGUCUUAUAUUAAAGUUUCAGAGAGUAUCUCAAAACAGGUCUAUCUGUUAUACCGACAAGUACUCCAACUACAUCAUAAAUAAAUUGGAGUUUUAUCUUAUUCAUAAUGCGAAUAAAGUCAUCAGACAAGAGAUCAGAAGGCACUUUGAUGCAGCUAAUGAUGAGGAAUUAGACCAAUUUACUGAUAAGCUUAGAGGGUACCUCUCAAAUCUCCAACAGGAAUACGGGGAAAAACCUACUCCUCCUAAAGAAGAGGUUUCUGAAAUUGACUACAGCUUUUAUGAAUUUUUACAAAGGAAUCCUCUUAAUGUCAUGGAUGUCGAUGCCAGCGCCGAGAAGAAGGAGGAAUUAUUCAAUGAGAGAGUUAAGAAUAAGUUUGAAAAACAACAGAAUGAAGACUUUUCGAAGGAUCUGGAUGGCGAUAUUUUGUAAAUGUAAUUAACACACCCUUCAACUA